AUGAACGACACUGAAUUGUACCAUCAUGAUCAUGCCGCCCACAUCGUCAUAGCAUUGCAACUUAACGCUGCUGCUGCAUCCGCCACGGUGGUGGGUGGUUUGAUCAUUUGCAGUCAUCGCACGCUUCAAUUAGCUACCCCAAUGGCACUGGCCACGACACUCAGCAUUUCUGGAGGUGUCACGAUCUUCCUUGCACUUGUUGUAAGCUUCAGUUAUUCCGUAGCCCAAUUCGCUGUAACUUUUCAGUCCGAGGUCGACAACUACGAUACGCUUGAUUGUAAAUCCUGGACAGCAGCUACAAUGUGUUUAGGAGCUGGAAUACUAAUCGUCUACGCUGUAGACUUUGUGGUUCAAAAACUCACCCCUGGGCUUGACCCGGAGACACCAAAAACCCUGCCUACAGUUAUCGAUUGCGAAAGAGGUUCCUUGCGUCGAAGCCUUCAAGACAGUGUUCUUCUAGAGUCUCCUCGAACUCAAGAUUUUGUCAAAAUGGACGAGGCUGCCAAAGACAAACUGCAACGAAUGGGUAUCCUUAGUGGAAUCGCCAUCGCUUUGCACAACAUUCCAUCAGGCAUUGCUACAUUCACAGCAGGAAUGGAGGACCCGGCAAUUGGUGCAUCUAUGGCCAUUGGUGUCGGCCUCCACAAUAUCGCCGAAGGUGUUGCCGUAGCAGCUCCAGUGUAUUUUGCAACUGGUAGCAAGUGGAAGGCCAUCAUGUGGUGCAUAGUGGCUGCAAUGGCCGAACAUGUCGGAGCCUUCAUUGCCCUUGCUGCUGCAGGCAGCGACGGUCACGAUACUGACCAGGCGGUUCUAUACGGUAUUGUCGCCGGCAUGAUGGCUACGAUCGCGAUGAAGGACAUCUUUCCUACAGCUUACACUUAUGCAAAUGGUCGAAUCCACCUCGUCUCAAAUGGUGGACUCAUGGGCAUGCUCCUUAUGGCACUAAGUCUAUGGAUUUUUAAAUACAUGGGUAUAGGCACGUAA